GCGGAGCCCGGCCACACGCCUGCUCCCGCUCGCCGCCGCCGGGACCGCCGUGGGCUCUGACUCUCGCUCAGAGUCGCGGCUCGCAGCCUGCGCUGAAAGCCCGGUUAUGAAAGGGAAAGGGGCCCUUUCAACUCCCGGCUCCGAGGCCGGGAGCUUUUGUUUGGGAAGAAUUGCAAACGGCAUUACCCUCUCCCCCCAUCUCCCGGGCCGAAAGAAACGAGAGCCGUGGCUUGGAGAAGCUCUGAAGGCUCCUUGGGUCCUGCGCUGCCUUUCCUUUCUCCCCAUCCCAAAGUUGCGAGCUUUGCACUGGGAAGUCGUGCCGCCGCCAUUGUCGUGGCUGUUUGGGGAUAGGGGAAGCGGCUGCUGCUGCUUAUGUAAGUUUGGCUUUGCAGGAGCCCCCUGCUCCUUGCUCUGUGACGGAGGCUGGGCGCACCAGCGAUUUGAAGAACCGUAAUAAAAGGGCCGCUUUGUUAUGGAGGUGUACUUGGGGCUACUACAUCUUUCAAACCACUUACACAGGUACUGGCAACGGGUAGCUUCCAAUUUGACUCACCUGAACUUAGCAAUUGGAAUCUCUCAAUAGAAAAAAGAGGUCUCAGAACUUGAGAGAGUGGAGGACAACACCCUGGCCUGAAAAACAAAAUCACACUAGGGUGUACAGCCACCCCACUUCUUAUUCCAUGCACUUUUCUCUCACAAGGGACAGUUACUGAUAACAGUAGGAAGUAACCAGAUAGGAAAGUUUAGCCCGGCCGCCUUCCUAAUAGACCGGGCUGCAUUUAGGGAACAGAGUGGGAAGCAUCCUUAGAAUAAUUUUGCCCAGCUCUCACACUUUGCAGAGGAUGAAACCCCCAGCUACUUUAGGCAGCCGACUGGUGUGUUCGCUUUUCUAAUAGUUUUCAGGAUUGUGGUCUCUAGGUUCGAGAUUUGCAUCACAGUUUUGGGUAACACUAUUGCAUCCCAGUCCGUUGGUCUUAAUUGCACUGAAGUUUAUUUAUGUGGUCACUGUUCAGUAGAGGAAACUUUUUGAUGAAGUCCCUCUGUGAAGAGAUAAAACUCACAAAAAGCUAGAAUUGUUUGAGCCUGCCUCUAGGGACAGAGGUGAAAACACCUGGAUUUCUAAAAUGCAGGCUCAAAGUGUAGCUUAAAUGAUGUGUCCUACAUAAGGGUGGAAAGAAGAAAGCUACUAUUCCCCUCCUCCAGUGUUAACUCUCUAUAUUGUCUGUAUUGGCCUAGAGAAAAAUGUAGAAGGCUACAUACCCAGCAGGAAAUGGGUGGCACUUAAUGGCUUUUUCUGUAUCUGUAGCUGUGAACGUCUGUACAAAUAUGGACAUGGGCUAUGGACAUGGGCUUUGUGAGGAGAAAUGCCUUAGUGGUUCUCCAGUGCAAACUUCCAAUUCCCUCUGCGCAUCCCCUUUAUGACCCAAAUGCUGCAGUCCUUACCUGUUCUCCUUCAUGUCUGUUCAGAGCUGGACCUGAUGCUGCCAGCCACCCUCCUUUCUGUUCCCAACCUGAAAAUGGGUACAUGUGCAAGUGGCAAGACAAGAAAGGACUGGCGUGCCCCUGAUCAGUAAUUCUGAUCUGAAGAAUUCAGUGUCUCAAUCAUUAAGACAAUAGCCUGAGUUGUUCAUGGAGUUUUUCAUCAGUAUGUCUGAAACCAUUAAAUAUAAUGACGAUGAUCAUAAAACUCUGUUUCUGAAAACACUAAAUGAACAACGCCUGGAAGGAGAAUUCUGUGAUAUUGCUAUUGUGGUUGAAGAUGUGAAAUUCAGAGCACACAGAUGUGUUCUUGCCGCCUGCAGCACCUACUUUAAAAAGCUUUUUAAGAAGCUUGAGGUUGAUAGCUCCUCAGUAAUAGAAAUAGAUUUUCUUCGUUCUGAUAUAUUUGAAGAGGUCCUGAACUACAUGUACACAGCAAAGAUUUCUGUGAAAAAAGAAGAUGUUAACUUAAUGAUGUCAUCAGGUCAGAUUCUUGGUAUCCGAUUUUUGGAUAAACUCUGUUCUCAGAAGCGUGAUGUAUCUAGUCCUGAUGAAAAUAAUGGCCAGUCAAAAAGUAAGUAUUGCCUCAAAAUAAAUCGCCCCAUUGGAGAUGCUGCUGACACUCAGGAUGAUGAUGUGGAAGAAAUUGGAGAUCAGGAUGACAGUCCAUCUGAUGACACUGUAGAAGGCACCCCACCGAGUCAGGAGGACGGCAAGUCACCUACAACUACGCUCAGGGUUCAGGAAGCAAUCUUAAAAGAGCUGGGGAGUGAGGAAGUUCGAAAAGUAAAUUGCUACGGCCAGGAAGUGGAAUCCAUGGAGACCCCAGAAUCGAAAGAUUUGGGUUCCCAGACCCCUCAAGCCUUAACGUUUAAUGAUGGAAUGAGUGAAGUGAAGGAUGAACAGACACCAGGCUGGACAACAGCUGCCAGUGACAUGAAGUUUGAGUAUUUACUUUACGGCCACCAUCGGGAGCAGAUUGCCUGUCAGGCAUGUGGUAAGACAUUUUCUGAUGAAGGCAGAUUGAGGAAGCAUGAAAAACUCCACACGGCUGACAGGCCGUUUGUUUGCGAAAUGUGUACAAAAGGUUUUACUACACAGGCCCACCUGAAAGAGCACCUAAAAAUCCACACGGGAUAUAAGCCCUACAGUUGUGAGGUGUGUGGAAAAUCAUUUAUUCGCGCUCCAGACCUAAAGAAACAUGAGAGAGUUCACAGUAAUGAAAGACCGUUUGCAUGCCAUAUGUGUGACAAAGCCUUCAAACACAAGUCCCACCUCAAAGAUCAUGAGCGAAGACACAGAGGGGAAAAGCCUUUUGUGUGUGGCUCCUGCACCAAGGCAUUUGCCAAGGCAUCUGAUCUGAAAAGGCACGAGAACAAUAUGCACAGUGAAAGGAAGCAGGUUACCCCCAGUGCCAUCCAAAGUGAGACGGAACAGUUGCAGGCGGCAGCAAUGGCCGCUGAAGCAGAGCAGCAGUUGGAAACAAUAGCCUGUAGCUAGGUGAUGGGACAGGAACACUUUGCCUGAGCCGCGGAGACUGAGAUUGCAUUGUUCGUAAUAAGUGAACACCAGUCCCUGUAUUAUUUGUGGAAACUUACAGAGCAUUGUACUCACUGGACUUAGGGCAGUGCUUGGUUAGGUAUUUUUAAAACUUUUCAAGGAAAUGAUGUUCCUUGCUUCUGACUGAACAGUUUCACUGUCCUAUCUGGUGUCUAGUAUUAAUGUUGCCAGUAAGUCCCCCCUCCUAUUUUUUAUGAUUUUAAUUUGAGGACUCCUGUGUCCAGUUCAGAAGUGAGAGACUUCUAUUCAUUUUAAUUCCUUUCUACACUUGCUGCACUGGUGAGCACACUGCACAGAGUGAUAAUUGAGUAAAUUGAUUUCCCUAAUCAUAACAAUUACAUGUGAUUUAUGGUCAAAACAGCAUUUUUAAUAACUUAAUAAAAGUACUUCGUGUAGAUGCAGAAAAUACAGGUGGGUGGUUGACCAAGAACACUGCACAAAUAUGAAAACAAGGCCUGGAGAUGUGGAAUGGUCUUAGAUUUAUAUUUGGUUUGCUAAUUUUAUAUCACUUUUUCACAGUUUUUGUGGACGAAUAAUGAUUGCUUUGCUGAAGUGAUUCUUCAUCCAUUUUUGAUUGUCCAUACCUAGUAACAAGUCCCGAAGGCUGAGCAAAUCCACAGGGAUGGUGGUGGUCUGGGGGCUGAGUUCUUUCAUUCCUCACAUUUGGGGCAUUGCCACUAAAACAGAUGAGGUUUGUGGAGUGGACCAGUGGUGACAAGAUUAGAAAAGGAUGAAUAGGAACAUGGCUCUUAGAGACAAGGUUUUCACAUUUGCAAUAAUUCCAAGAUUUCUUAGAUCAAAAUAAUUCUUAAUUGAUUUUGAAAUUGGAUUUUUAUGUGGGAUCAAAAUUAGGACAAGAACAGGUAUGCCUCUUCAGAUACAUUUGUGUAACUUAACAGAAUGUCAUCAAGCUUUUUGGCUCUCUGCAGCAUAUGAUUUAUACAUAAAGGAGAUGCAAUAUCCUAACUUUAAUACAUUUACAAUCUUUUAAGUGUGUAAAUAGUAUAGAAGUGUUGGUCUUACGUAUUUCAAGUAAAAGUAGACAGCUGCACUUUUUUUUUGCACAUUGGAUUAAAAUAACUUCCAUCAGCAAAAAACAGUCUGUUUUUAACCAAUAUUAAAGAUUGUCAGACCAAAUGUUUAUGUUUUUGAAGUAUGUUUCAUCACUGGUUAUACAGUUUUAAGUAGAAGUUGAUUGCCUUUUCAUAGCCGUAAAUAGAAUUAUAAAUGCUGUUCCAGUUUUGGUGUACGAAAUUUUUUUAAACCAUUUAUUUGGGAAUAUAUUGAAAUACCAACAAUAGUUUGAAUUAUGUUCUAUAAUAAAGCAUUAGUCAAUUAUUUUAAAAAUGUACAAUUUUAGAAAAAUGUUUAUUUUUAAAAUUUAUAUUUGGUUAGAAUUUUUUUAAAGAUACAUUAAAGUAAUUUCAUUUCAUAGCUUGUUGCAUUAACACCUAUAAUUACUAUUGUGGGAGAAAUAUUCUUUUUUAAAUUGGUGUAUCUGUUAUGCCCAAGAUUGUAGGUUUUUAAGCAACUUAUUUAUUGGUAAAAUGUUUAAUUUAGUUUAAAAUUAAUUUAAUUUUGUUUCUUAAAAUUUGUUUAUUCUAUCCUAAAAGUAGUCCUGUCACUGUUUAUAUAUUAAUAGUAGAAGGGGAACUGACUAGGCUGUUUCUAGGCUGUUUUAACCAAAGCAAAGGAAAAAUAAUUUGACAUCUUGUUGAUAGCUACUUCAACAAACCAUUUUUGGGGCCUUCAUUUUUGUAUAUAAAAGAAAAUGUACUUCUAUCAUUCCUGUUUUCAUUUUUUUCAUAGUUACGUUUCACACACCCAGGUUUCUACUAGGGCAUUUUCUAUACUAUCGUCAUCAUGAUUUUACAGUUGCAAGUUGAACAUGUGGUGUUAACCCUCAUUGAAACCACAUAAUCACAGAGGUAUCCCCCUACGCCCCCAAAGCUGAAUUUCCAGCCCUUUAUUUGUAUUAUGUAAAUAUUUAUCAUUUGUCCUGUUUUGAAUGAGAAAUAUAUUUGUGUUGUAAUUUCUACCACCGAUACUGGGUUCAUGUGUGUGUUAGGGUGUUUGUGUUCUUGGUGGCAGCUUGCCUGACAUGGCAAAGUCAUGACAUGGCAGCUUGCCUGUCUCCUGGUCAUUGAGAAUGCCUCUCUCACCCAGCUGGCUUCUGUAGUCCUGUGGAUGGUGAAGCCAUUUAUGUUAGACAGGUCAAAGGUCCUCCAACCACAGGGAGCUGAUUCUGAAAUGUCCUCACACUGAAUCUGCUAUGUGAGGGGAAGGAAAUUGUAAAUGUCAGCGUUAGUAUAUUUUCAUUAUUUAAAAGUCACCUACUUUUUUCUGUUUGUACAAAGAAAAUAUCUGCAAACUUGAUUUUAGCUUUUAUGCCAACUUGCUUUGUAGUGGCAAUGAUUGAGGAAGGGAAUUUUAGGAAGUCUGAAGUUCAGGUCAUUUGCUAAUUAACUUGAGCAUAAAUUUAAAAUUGUUGGAAAUUACAGAGAUCGCCAUCAAGUGAGCCUGGUACUAAUAAAUUCCACCUAUUUUGUUGGGGAAAAAAGAUUGAGAUGAAGGAGAAUGAUGCAAAUUUAUGUAGUUUCUGAUUUAAUGGAUUAUGUUAUGUAAGGUUAUCUGCAACUCAGUCAUUGGUAACCUGGAAUUCAUUGUCCUGAGUAAUGCUGUUAGUGGUGAUUAGUUCCCAGAGCAGGUGGAAAAGCCCGUGCAUGUGUAACAGAAUUAGUAUAAGCAUUACAGUCUUGACUUCUGAGUCUUGGGAGUUAAGGAGCUGAGCCUUCCAGGAAAAAGAAUGGAGAACUGUUCCUUUCCUCUGCCCUUUACCUUUAAUAUCUAGUUCCCUUUCUCCAUUAUCCAAGCCCACCACCUCCCCACACCCCACAAAUGUAUGGGAGACAAGUAAAACGUGGCCAGAGGCAAGGUAACCAUUGAUAACCAUGGCAGUGAGAGAUGAGGGUCCAAAUGUAUUCUGAUGCUUCCUUCUAGGUAACAAAUCAAUGGGCACUUCAGUGAUGGGGAACUCCCUGCCUCCCUGGCGCCGCGCAUUCCCAUCUCCAGACGGCUCCAACGUCCUUGUUCCUCAAAUUGUCUCCAUGUUUGCAUAUCCCCUUGUAACUGGGAACUUUCUCCCCCUUGAAACUGUUCUAAAUAAAAGGAAUCCUGCAUCUACUUGACAGCACUUCAGAUAGGUAAAGAUAGCCUGUAGUUUCAUUUAUUCUACAUGUGUUGAGCAUUGUGUGAGGCCUUGGGCUGCAUCCUGGAGCUAGAAAGGCGGUAUAGAUUUGGCCCCCUGGCUAGCAAAGUGUGCUUUCUUUCCCAGAUUGUCUUAAGCAUUCUUUUUAAAAAUGAGGUUGGCAUUUGCCCAUCACCUGUUAUCCAUGACUCCUUAAAGGUCACCAUACUGAUCUUAUCUUAAAAGCUCUGGAUGUAAUUUAGCUGGAUUGUGACAUUUCAUCAGUUGUGUGAUUUUCUGGUCUCUUUAAGAGAUAUUCUCAAUUACCAGUAUUCAUGUAAAUAUUUUCACUAUAACCAGGGGGGAAGUGUGGUCUAGUGGAAAGACUUGUAGUCAAACUUGAAUUGGCUCCUGGUUCUGUUUAUUCAGUUAAUGUAUAAAUUUAGGCAAGCUCUUUACUGCCCUGAGCCUUAAUUUUAUUCCUAAAAUAGUGAUGGGGAUUUCUAUCUUAUGAUCUGCUGUGACCAUUAAAAGUGAUAACCAGUACAAAAUAUUUAGCCCAGCACCCACUGCUUUUUAGGUGCACCAUAAAUGUUCCUUCCUAAAGAGCAUUCUCAACAGAGAAGCAGAAGCCAAAUUGAAGUUGUUUCGACUUUCACAUCUGUCAUUUCUAUAGUCAUCAGCCCCAGGCUGUAGACCUAGAGCUCAUUUAGUCUUCUUAACCGAAAAUAUCUACAGAAACUGUGUUUAUCUUAGCAUUUCCAUAAUCUUAAACCCAUUUGCGGCUUUCUUCUCACAAAUUGUGUAUUCAUCUUAAGGGUCUCUUUGGUUUUGUAAUCUCCCAUCAUUUAAGUAGGUUGUUGAUGUGUAGUCAAGUGUAAACACUAGCCUCUGCAUGGCUCCCUGCUUUUCUUUGGAUAUCUUUGAUGGCAGGGUCAGAAUUGCAGUUUUGAGAGCUGACUCUUGAAUCUCAUAUGUGAAAUGCAUUUUGGGGGUAUUUUUUCACAUUUUGCUUCUCUCAAAUUGGAUGUAUUUCAAACUACACCUAACCUCUCCCUUUCUGGUUGGUAUAAAUUCCAGGAUGAUCUGUUGCUUUCUUCCCAAAGUGUUUUACACUGCUCCCCAAGAAUUCUCAUUUUCCUUUUAGUUCUAGAAUCUGAAUUUGCCAAAUCACUGCUUGCUCUUUGUUGGAGAACAUUUCCGUUAAUCUUCCAUAAAAUUCUAUAGCGUUAAGAUUAAAGUGUAUCAGUCAACAAAUGUUUAUUAAAUGUCUUGUGUAUGCCAGGCAUUGGACUAGAUGUUGGGGUUGUAAGAGUGAGUCAGACGGACAGUAUGUAUUCCUGCCCUGAUGGAGCUUACCAUCCAGGAUGGAGUUAAAAUAGUUACCUUUCCAAGUUUUACAAAAUUUUACAUAGAUUUACAAAUAAUGGAAAGAUAUGUGCAAAAUGUUUAGUUUUUAAAAUCUG